ACACCUGAUCGUUAUCUCAUGUUCUUACAGCAUAUCAAUAAUCUAUUUUAUACUAUACCCACAUUUUGAUAAUUAUUUUUCUAGUUGAUAAGCCAUGGCUACUCGAGGAAAGCUUGAGGUUGACGUUGAUCUCAAGUCUAACGCAGACAAGUACUGGCAAACCCUUAGGAACUCCACUGAAAUAUUCCCCAAGGCCUUCCCCAAUGAUUACAAAAGCAUUGAGGUUCUUGAGGGUGAUGGCAAAUCACCUGGUUCUAUCCGCCACAUAAGUUAUGGUGAAGGUUCACCACUUGUGAAGUCAUCCUUUGAGAAGAUUGAGGCUGUUGAUGAAGAAAAGAAGGUAGUGUCGUACACUAUCAUUGAUGGAGAACUCCUCCAGCACUACAAAACAUUCAAGGGAGACAUUUCUGUGACUCCAGUUGGCGAUGGAUGCGAGGUGAAGUGGAGUGCUGUGUACGAAAAGGUUAGCCAUGAUGUUUCUGAUCCAACCCUCGUCAAAGAUUUUGCAGUCAAAAACUUCCUAGAGGUCGAUGCCUAUGUUCAAGCAAAUGCAUAGAGGUCCUAAUGUUCUAUGCAUGCCACUUAAUUAAUGGCUAAUGUUUUAAUAUAUGCAUGUAUUAUGGAUUAUUAUUAAAUAAUAUGGUAGUACUUGUACCAUUUCCUAUUUAAUAUAAUAUUGUAGUAUCAUGUGUCGUUUGUCCUUGCUUGUUAUUGGACUAAAGUGUCAUGUUCUCUGUGGUUGUUCUGAUCCAGCUUUACCCAUUUAUUUUGUUUGAGCAUAUUAGUAUGAGAAUUGAAGUGUGUGGUUCUCUUUCUAUA